GGACCAGAGUUGAUCUGCGAUAACGCACACAUAUAUGAAUUUUGACAGCAGUAAAUCCCCCCUGGAAAAAUGUAUGGAGUUUGACAGCCACAAGAACCCUUGGUCACAAUCAUGCAACGAAUUCAGGGAACAGUGGUGGUGAGAUUUAACAUCAAGCCUCGAAACAUUGCCGAUUUUGGUAAAAAUUUUACUGUUUUAUAUAAAUAUAUAUUUGUCACGCUGAAACAAGUGGAAAAGUACACAAUGACCACGUAAAUAUAAAAAGCGAAAUGGAAGGAGCCACAAUGAAACUGGAAGGAUUAGCUCCCAUAAAGACUGAAGAGUUUUUAAUUUGUGACACUAUGACUGCGGAAGAAGAAUCUUCAUUUGCUAGCAGCGAACGGUGCUCCACUGAAACGGCUGUAACGAACGCCCUGAGCGGACACGAACCUGUGACGGAUAUCACCGAUGAAGUUGGGAUUAUAGUACCUUUUAGCUCUAGCAAUCCGGACGAUUCAAAAAUGAGCCCUGCUGUUGCUGAUAAUAAUCCACGGAAAAAGUACGUUUGCGAAUUCUGCAGCAAAGCAUUCAGCAAAAAAAACAGCUUAGAAAGUCACAUAAGAACUCACACCGGGGAACGUCCUUUUGCGUGUGAUAUCUGCAGCGAAACGUUCAUCACCGCUAAACGGUUGCUGUACCACAAGAGUGUUCAUACAAAAGAGCGCAACUUCGAGUGUGACAUAUGCAAGCGACGAUUCUUUCUAAAAUUGCAAGUAUCGUACCACAUGAAAACGCACCGCACAGAUUGCCCGUUCAAGUGCCACAUUUGCGGUAAAAUAUUUGUAAGCAGUGGUCAUCUCGUAGUACAUAUGCGUACCCACAGCGAUGAGCGACCCUUCAAAUGUGACAUCUGUGGUGUUUUAUUCAAGAGAUAUCAUGCUCUAAAACGUCAUGCUAAAAUGCACAAAGUUAAUUCCUUACAAACCAAUCAAACAGAGGAACGUCGUUUGGAGUGUGAUAUCUGUAACCAAACAUUCAACACCGCUAAGCGACUGCUGCACCAUAAAAGCACUCAUACAGGAGAGCUGCAUUUCAAGUGUGAAAUAUGUGAGCAACGUUUUUUAUUCGAAGCACAAUUGUCGUUCCACCUGAAAACACACAGCACAGAUCGUCCGUAUAAGUGCCCGAUUUGCGACAAAAGAUUCAUAUUUGGUUGGCGUCUCGCAGGACAUAUGCUCAUUCACAGCGAUGAGCGACCUUUCGAAUGCGAAAUUUGUGGUGCAUCAUACAAGAGAUCUAAUACUUUGAGGCAUCAUAUCCGUAAGAGCCACAAAGUUGAUCUCCACCCGCAAAGUUCAGAAAUAAACCGGACUGAUAACGGCCAAAGCAAUGAACUAGCAAAGCACAACUGCGACAUAUGCGGCAAACAGUACAAAGCCAAAAGAACACUUCAGUUACACCUGUUACAUCAUCAGAGCACUGUUGUGGCUCAGUGCGAUAUUUGCAAAGAAGGUUUCCGUUCGGCUUACAAUCUGAAGAAACACCAGAAAACACACGAGACAAAACAACUCAGCUGCGAUGUAUGUGACAAAACGUUCACCAGGGUUUUUGCUUUGAAUGUUCACAAGAGUACUCAUGGAGGAGAGCGGAAGUUUAAAUGUGAAAUAUGUGGCAAAGCUUUUUUUCAUAAGACACCAUUAGCUAAGCAUCUGAAAAUUCACAACGGAAAGCUGCACGAGUCUGAGAUUACGGAUGCUCUUAAAAAACGGUAUGACAAGACGGAAAGCGAUUUGAUCCAUCGCUACAGAUUCUACAAACGCGAACAAGGGCCGAAUGAAACAGCUGUGGAUUUCAUACUAGCUGUUAAGCUCCAAGCAGAGUUGUGUGAAUUCGGACAGUUUAAGGACAUGGCGAUUCGCGAUAAGUUGGUUUGUGGAAUCCGCGAUGAGGAGCUACAAAGGCGUUUGUUUGAUGAGGACGAUCUAACCUUGGCGAAAACGAAGAAACUCAUCACGAAUACGGAAGCAGCAGGAGAGAGGAAACACAGUAUCAAGGUUAUGAAAAGUCCUCCGUAUAACCCCUCGAGUAACGGACAAGCAGAACGUAUGGUUUCCGUCGGAGGUCGGGUGUAUCUGGCGCACCGCAAUCAGCUGAAGCUGGUUGGAGCUCGCAGAAAUCGUCACGGUUUGAUUUUUGCGAGGGAGGAAGGAAGGAGUGUUAACCGGAAAGAGCGCGCGAUGACGAUGACGAUGAAAGCGUUGAUGACGAUGCUGGCGGAUUCCUUGGUUUCGCAACAGAUUCGUAUAUCUACCGAGGCACAUCUGACGAUCAUCCAAUGUUGUGUUAAUGAAAUGGAGGAAUUGUCUGCAAUAAAGGUAGAAGAGUUCAUUGUAUUCGACACUGUGGCAAAAGAAGAAGAAACUCCGCUUGUGAGCAGUGAUGGGUGUUCUGGUGGACCGAUAGUAACGAACGCCCCGAGGGAAGAUUUAGGUGAAGUCAAACAAGACCCUGCGAUUGAUAUCAUUGAUGAUGUGAGUGCUACAAUAGCUAAUAGCGAAACUGCAGCUUCUCGAUCCAGUCUAUCUUCUUUCUGUUGCAGCAUCUCGAACGGUUUAGAAAUAUCCAAUAUCAGUGUUGGUGAACAUCCACGAAAAAACUUCGUUUGUGAGUUCUGCAACAAAAGAUAUGCCUCAAAAUACAGCUUGGCGGAUCAUAGAAGGAAUCACACAGGGGAAGGUCGUUUUGCGUGUGAUAUCUGCAACAAGUUCUUCAAAACUACUAAACGACUGCAGCAACAUAAGAGUUAUCAUACAGGAGAGCAGAGAUUCAAGUGUGAAAUAUGUGGGCGACGUUAUUUCUUAAAGUCACAAUUAGGGACCCACCUCAAAAUACACAGUACAGAUUGCCGGUAUAAGUGCCGGAUUUGCGAUAAAAAUUUCGUGUCUAAUUAUCAUCUCGAUGAUCACAUGAGUAGCCACAGCGAUGAGCGACCUUUCAAAUGCGACAUUUGUGGUGCACCGUACAAGAGAGUUAAUAGUUUAAGGUAUCAUCUUCGCAAGAUCCACAAGGUUAACCAUUCCCCGGGCAACGAGGAGUGUUUGGAUCCAAACGGUAAAAGCAAAAAUUCAGCAAAAUACACCUGCGACAUAUGCGGUAAAAAGUACACACAUAGAGCAUCUUUUCACAUACAUCUGUAUCUUCAUCGAAGCACUGAAAAGAAUCAGUGCGAUGUUUGCAAUAAAAACUUCAGUUCUGCUAAUGUUUUGAAAACACAUCUCAAAUCACACGAUAAAACAAAAACAACACGAUUCAGUUGUGAUGUAUGUAACAAAACGUUCUCCAAAGCGUUUACUUUGAAGGUUCAUUCGAGUAUUCAUUGGGGAGAGAGGAAUUUUAAGUGUGAAAUAUGUAGCAAAGCAUUUCACCAUAAGAGACCAUUAGCGGUGCAUAUUAGGAAGGUGCACAAAGAGUUGCCAAUAAAAUUUUCGAUUAAUAUGGAAGAGUUAAACUUCAAGCGUGCAUGCCAUAACAUAUAUUUUUGUUUACUAGUUCGAGUAGGAAAAAUAUUGUUAAUUUCUGUGGAGUUUUUAUUAAUUUUUACCGUUGAAAUAUACAAUCACUUCGGAAUGCGUAAUUGUGUUAGCGAAAUGGAGGAAUUGACUGCAAUAAAGGUAGAAGAAUUCAUAAUAAUCGACACAUUGACUACAAAAGAGGAAACUCCGCUUACGAGCAGUGAUGGGUGUUCUGUAGAACCGAUUGUAACGAAUACUCUGAGGGAAGAUUUAGUUGAGGUCGAACAAAACCCUGUGCGGGAUAUCAUUGAUGAUGUUGAAGCUACCGCAGCUCAUAACGAAACUGCAGCUUCUCGAUCCAGCAACUCCAACGCUUCAGAAAUACGCAGUAGCAGUGUUGGCGAACGUCCUCGAAAGAACUUCGUUUGUGAGUUCUGCAACAAGGGAUUUACCACAAAAUACAGCUUGGCGUAUCAUAUAACAACUCACACAGGAGAAGGUCGUUUUGCGUGUGAUAUCUGCAACAAAUCAUUCAAAACCACUAAACGACUGCAGCACCAUAAGAGUGCUCAUACAGGAGAGCAGAGAUUCAAGUGUGAAGUAUGUGGGCGACGUUAUUUCUUAAAGACACAAUUAGGGACGCACCUCAAAAUACACAGUACAGAUUGCCCGAAUAAGUGCCGUAUUUGCGGUAAAAAUUUUCUGUCUAAUUAUCAUCUCGAUGAUCAUAUGAAAAGUCACAGCGAUGAGCGACCUUUCAAAUGCGACAUUUGUGGUGCACCGUACAAGAGAGUUGGUAGUUUAAAGUAUCAUAUCCGCAAGAUCCACAAGGUUAACCUUUCCCCGGGUAACGAGGAGUGUUUGGACCCAAACGAUAAAAGCAGUGAUUCAGCAAAGCACACCUGCGACAUAUGCGGCAAGAAGUACAGACAUAGAGCAUCUUUUCACAUACAUCUGUAUCUUCAUCGAAGCACCGAAAUCAAUCAGUGCGAUGUUUGCAAUAAAAACUUCAGUACUGUAAAUGCCUUGAAAACACAUCUCAAAACACACGAUAAAACAAAACCAACACGAUUCAGCUGUGAUGUAUGUAAUAAAACGUUCUCCAAAGCGUUUACUUUGAAGGUUCAUACGAGUAUUCAUGGAGGAGAGAGGAAUUUUAAAUGUAAAAUAUGUAGCAAAGCAUUUCACCAUAGGGUUCUACUAGCAAAACAUAUUAGAAAGAUGCACCCAGAGUUGCCAACAAAAAAUUUCAAUAAACUGGUAAAGUGCUGAAGAAAAAACUGGAUUCCAAAUAAAUUUACAAAACAGCAAGAAUAUGUAUUGUGAGAGAGCUUCUCUGUUACUAAAUCCAGUGG